AUGAUACCCCCUGUACUUAGCAACCUUUCUUGGAAUACGACCGAUGAUACUCUGCGCGAUGCGUUCAUGCAGUUCGGCCAAGUGCUUGACUCCAUCGUGAUGCGCGACCGCGGCACCGGCCGUUCGCGCGGCUUCGGCUUCGUCACCUACGGCUCUGAGCCCGAGGCCACGAACGCCAUCCAGACCAUGAACGAGCAGGAGCUCGAUGGUCGCCGCAUCAAGGUCAACAUCGCCAAUGCCCGCACUGGCGGCGGAGGUGGCUUCGGCGGCGGAGGCGCUGGCGGCUACGGCGGUGGAGGCUACGGUGGCGGAGGCUACGGCGGUGAAUCCGGCGGCCAGGGUGGCUAUGGUGGCGGCGGCUAUGGCGGCCAGCAGGGCGGCGGCUACGGCGGAGGCUAUGGUGGCCAGCAAGGCGGCUACGGCGGUUCUGGCGGCUACGGUGGCGGCCAGGGCGGCUACGGCGGCGGUCAGGGCGGCUACGGUGGCUCCGGUGGCUACGGAGGUGGCCAGGGUGGCUACGGCGGUCAGGCCGGUUACGGCGCCCAGGCCGGCUACGGCAGCUGA